AUGUGGGUGUGGAUGUUUGUCUCUGUACCUUUCUGUCAUGCUGAAGUUCCAGAUACAUUCUCUUUGCUGGUUCCUGAUAGUCCAGUCACAGCCAAGUUGGGAUCCUCUGUGGUCUUGCCCUGUAGUCUCUCUCCUUCCUUCAGUGCUGUGGGGCUGGAGGUGCGCUGGCACAGGCCCAAUCAAUUCAACACCCCAAUUUUGGUACUCCCUGUGCCUAAAGUCCAGGAAACCUCUUUAGACCCUCAAUACAGGGACAGGGUGUCUCUGAUAGGGAGACUGGAGGAGGGGAAUGUGUCUCUGAAACUGGAGAACAUCACACUGUCAGACAGAGGAGAAUAUGUGUGUUAUGUCAGUAGUGGAACUUGGUUUGACAAGGGUACAGCAUCACUCUCUGUAAAUGUACUAGGCUCUGUUCCAGUCCUCUCAUUCACGGAAACAGGACAGGGAAAUUUAAAUGUGACCUGUGUGUCAGAUGGUUGGUCACCAGAGCCCACAGUAACCUGGAGAGACAGAGAAGGGAGAGAGAUCAAACACAACAGUAAUGUGAUGUACGACAAAGAUAGUGAUGAUCUGGUGAGUGUGAGUUCUUGGCUGCUCUUCUCUCCCUCUGAGUCAGAGUGGAUCUCCUGCUCUGUCAGUUUAUCUGAUCAGGAGAAGAGAGAGAGCAGAGUCCUGCCACUCAGAUCAAAAAUAUCAAACUGUGCAACACAGCCAACAAUAUUGGAGCCCACAGCAUCCAAACCUUCAUGGAGAGCAUUUAUUGUCAUGCUGGUCAUCAGUCUGUUGGCCUUCAGUGUCUUAUUCAUCCUCUUCAUUUUAUACAAGAGGAAAGGUCCUCAGAAAACAAUGGCCACAGAACCAGCAGAUUGGAAUAAAAUGCGUCUUUGUAAAGAGGAUCUCAGAAUGGACACAUCUACAUGUCACAAAGCUCUGACAGUUAAAAACAAAGGAAAGGAAGUGAGUUAUUUUGUGACAGGGUUGAGUUCAGUGAAAGAAUGGUUUGUCCAGAAUAACAAAUCUGAAGAACUCAUGUUUGAUGUUCUGUGUAAGGAGAAGUUUAGGUCAGGCUGUCACUACUGGGAAGUGAUUGUGUUAGAUUUACAGAAAGCUGUUCCACCUGAACUGUCCUGGUAUGUCGAUCAGCGCAGGGACGGCACCAACGGAGAGCAAUACGGGGCGCUGCCCCCUCAGAUCAAAUUUUUGCCCCCUCAGUUUUAA